AUGUCGCAGGCCAUGCUCACGAGCCGAGCAAGGAUCUUCCUCCUUUUGGUUACUUUGUUUGUUUUGGGAAUUUUAGGCCGCGCAGUUAUCGGAUGUUACAGAGUUGGAAGUGAUGAGAUGGAGCUUGGUGAUGAGUUACCAGAUCAUGGUUGCUUACAAGAAGAUGAGAUACCAAGAGUUGGAAUGCAGUUUGCUCAGUUACAAAUGGCUCAUGACUUUUAUGUGACCUAUGCAAAGAAAGCUAGAUUUGCAACUAAGAUAAGGAUGACAACAUUUGAUAAGAUCACAAAGGCUCCCAUUAACCAAGCUAUACACUGUAAUCGUGAUGGGAUCCGUGAGUCUUGUGUUAAAGCACCAACGCGGAAGAAUACGAUUUCAGCUGCUGGGUGCAAGGCAAGGAUAUAUGUAAAGUUUGAUAAAGACGUGCAAGACUGGGUUUUGCUCAAGGUUGACUUGACGCACUUUCACCCCUGUUCACCGAAAAAGGCAGUGCACUACCAUGAGUAUAGGCAGUUGACCAUGCAUACGAAGUGCGUGAUCGAGGAUAAUGAUGAGGCUGGGAUUCGACCAAACAAGACAUUCCUUGCUUUGUCAAAUGAAGUUGGUGGCCCCUCUAACUUGGGAUUCUCAGAGAAGGAUUUAAGAAAUUAUAUAACAGCAAGGCUCCGAACUAGCAACGUGAAUGCGGAUGUCAGGGAGAUGAUGAGCUACUUUAGGAGAAUGAAGGACAUCAAUCCGAACUUCUUUUACGCGGUGAAGUUGGACGAUGAGUGUAAAUUUAAGAGUGCAGUAUGGGUUGAUGCAAGGUGUAGGGCGUCGUAUGAAUACUAUGGAGACGUCGUGUCAGUUGAUAGCACGUACAGUACAAAUAGGUGUAGUAAUAUGUUUGGGGUAAGCUUUAUUUGCUUAAUUCGGUAUUAUUUAUUUCUUGUAGAUCUGUAUGAUGAACGAUGCAUGUGGGUCCCAAUAUACUUCAAGGGUGAAUUUUGGGCAGCAAUGCGGAAUACUCAAAGGAGUGAGAGCAUGCACGCAUUCUACGGUGGAUACUUACACAGUAAAACUAGCUUGGUUCAAUUUGUUCAUGAAUAUGACAAUGUGCUUGGAGUCAAGGAGCAGAGGGAACUGGAGGAUGAUGCUGCAGACUCGAGGGGGGUUAUCCCUUGUGCAACUACCUCGCUUAUAGAGAAACAGUUUCAGCAAGAGUAUACCAUGAGCAUUUUUAGGGAUGUUCAAAUUGAGUUUGUGAGGAAGGCUAACUGCAGAGUUUCUGCAGUUGAUGAACAGGGUCCAUUGGUCUGCGUGAAGGUGGAAGAGGAGAAACUACUCAACGAUACUAUUCUAUGCGUUCCAUACGAUGUUCACUUUGACCGUUCCACACAGGAGCUUUGUUGUGAGUGCAAUCUUUUUGAGAGUUCAGGUGUGUUGUGCUGUCACUGCCUUGAAGUUUUCCAUUCGUAUAAAGUGUACAAAGUACCUUCCUGUUAUAUUCUUCCUCGAUGGAGCAAGAAGAUAAAGCGCAAGCAUACGUAUGUCAAAAGUAGCCAUGAUGUCAGUCGGUCAGAUGAGAGUCAUGUUGCAUUCAGGGGACUGUGUGCACACUUCUAUAAUGUUGCUCAAGAGUUCCUCGGUGAUGAUGAAGAAACAGCAUUGCUGCAUGUUGCUUUGGAAGAAACAAGGGCCAAGUUGGCUACGCACCGUGCCAAAAAGAGGUCCGAGAGCGUGGCAGAGACUCAGACCAACAUUGGCUCUCAGAGUUCGAACGAUGUCGGUGUUGAUGACAUCCAAGGCCCAUCGAAGGUCACCACAAAGGGCAGGCCAAAGAGUAAGAGGCUCGGCUAUGCCCUUGAGAAGUCCAUAAAGAAUUCAAGACGAAGAAAACAAAAGAAUUCACCCCCGGUGGUUCGUCCGCACACAUUUCAAGAUAUAAACCAAUGUGUUGUUUCUGGCUUGAAUGUUCCCGAACAAGCCGGUGGUUUCAUGUCUUUGUUAAGCUCCUUCAACAAAAAGUGGGAUUAG